CCGCCCCCAAACAGGCGUCACAUCCGGUGUCAGUGCUCGGUUCCGCUGGCAAGGUGGGAAGCUUGGCCGGUGCCGGCCGCCGAUUACCGGGUCGGUUUCUGCCAUUAAUCGCCCGGCGAGGAACGGGGAAACAUGUACGGGCCGUCGGGGUCGGGUCUAUCGGGGACGCGGAGGCGACCCGGCGCCGGGGGCGCACUCCCCAAGCACACGGAGCGGAGCUUGGCGUCGGCGGUACCCGGCGCGCUCUCGGUGACCGCCCUGUGCACGGCGCUGGCGGAGCCUGCCUGGCUGCGCGCCCACGGGGGCGUGUGCCAGAGGCAGGAGCUCGGCGUGGCCGAUGUCUUGGGCAACUUGGAUUCGGCUCUGUUGGAAGAAUACUGUAUGAAUUCUCAGACUGUGCUGCUGCUGCGGGUCAUCGGUGCCUUCUGUUUCCUGGGGAUUAUUUGCAGUUUGUCAGCCUUUUUGCUCGAUGUGUUUGGACCAAAACACCCAGCACUGAAGAUUACUCGCAGAUACGCAUUUGCACAUAUUCUCACAGUUCUUCAAUGUGCCACAGUGAUAGGGUUCUGCUACUGGGCAUCAGAGCUGAUCUUAGCACUUCAGCAGCAACACAAGAAAUAUCACGGCUCUCGUGUCUACGUGACCUUUGCAGUCAGCUUUUAUUUGGUGGCAGGAGCUGGAGGAGCAUCCAUCUUAGCAACAGCUGCUAACCUCUUGCGACACUACCCAACAGAAGAAGAAGAACAAGCUCUGGAACUGCUCUCAGAAAUGGAAGAGAACGAACCAUAUCCAGUGGAAUAUGAGAUUGUUAAUCAGUUCCAACCUCCCCCUGCAUACACACCUUGAUUAGCAGGACAUAUUACAAUUUUUCACUUUUAAGUCUAUCAUCAUUUGAUUCUUUGAAUUUGUACUUUACCUUAGUAGAUUUUUACCUAGAGCAGCUGCCUCUCCUCUCUGACCACUUAUCAUUUGUGCAACUCAGCUCAAUGCUUGCUGGUGAAAUGGAGGUCAGGAGUUGCAGUCAUCUUAAAGUCAGACGUUUGCUGAGUUUUCUGCUCCCUUGCUAUUCAAGGGAUGAUAGUAGCCUUCUGCAGAUGGGUGGGGGAGAUGCAAAUCCUUCCAUGUAAGUAAAAUACAUUUUCACAACUAUUUAAAGAGGCAGUAUCUUUUUAAACUAAAAUAAAUCUAAAUUUGAAAGGUACAUUUUAAGUUGUUUUCCUCCAGAGCUUUUAAACAAUCUAAAAUUAUGUUUCAUUUCAUAAGUAAUUAAUAAGUUCAAAUUAUUUUUAAAAGGGUUUUAACUGGCAAGUUUCUUACUUUAGACAAGGAGACUGUCUCUAAACCUUUAUUCUCAUAGUUUAUUGUCACCUAUUCAUUCUCACUGUACAGUGUCUUAAUACCAGGAAAUAUUUUUUCAUUCAUUCAGUUGAAAAGUGCCAGUCCUGAGUUUAAGGGAGCCUAUCAACAUUUGUUAGGGGGAGGGGGUUAAUAGACAAAUCUAUAUUGUGAACAGCCAGUUGUGCUUCUGACUACAUAAUAUUCAACGUUUGAUUGUCAUUGGUAGAAGCCUAUUGCCCUUCCCUAAUGUCACAAAGAUAGAAAAAGCACUUUAUUAGAUUGGGUUUAGAAAUUAUUUAAAAAUCUUUCAUCUAUACAGCACCUUUUAACAUAGUAAACAUUCAAUGCGCCUUGUAUCAAAAGUUAAAAUUGGUCAAAUAACAAAGGAAGAUGAAGAGGUAAAGCGGAAAAAACUGGGAGAAUUUCAUUUUCUUCCAAUUCACGCAAACCUUGACAGAGCUGUUUAAUACACAGGUUUUUGUACAUUAGUUGAUGUGAAAAAAUAUCAACAUUGUUCACCUCAAACAUUUGAUUCUGACAUCAAAAGUUUAUUAAUUUAAUGAAUGUAAUGUGAAGAUAUACAAUGGGACCCAUCUGAUACAGAAAUAUUAAUGAGGCUGGACUGAAAUAGGAAUUUAAUCAUGCAACUUUUUAAUCAAUUGUUUUACCAGUUAACUAUGAAAUAAAUUUUACAUUAGAAUUAUAAUGACUGAUCAAUUAUAUUUGUUUUCCAAUCUUAAUUAAUUUGGAUAUCAAUAAUCUUAUGAAGUCAUAUGUGAAUCCAAAAAGUCUGGUGCUUCAUUACUAAGAAGCAGUGCACUCACUAAAGUGCAGUAACCUUAGUCCUACAAGAAGAGUGAGCCUUUGGUUUUAGGGGGUCCAAAUGGAAGUAACUGUUUCGACAAAAGUUAUUUCAGUCACUAAUGUCAGUAGUUUAUGUACUAAAUGCAACAUGUUUAUUAAUAGAAAAUGUGCUGUCAUCUCAAAAACUUCUGUUUUCUUUCUAUGUAGUUAACCAAAGCUACUCCCUGGUGGAUUUUUAGCGUGUCUGCUGUCAAUUACUGAUUGUUCCCAUUAUGCAUUAAGCCAGUAGAGGAUGCUGGAAGAGAAAAUGCAGAGAAGGGAAGAGCUACUUUUCAAGCCUGGCUCGACCACAUUAUUCAAAGUCUUUUUAAAAAUAAUUUCAGCCAAUCUAUACAUUAAAAGUUGGAACAAUGUUAGUUAAGAGAGCUUAGUCAACAUAAAAUUGUAAUCAAUGUGGAAUUUCUGAUGGGAUACAAAACUACCAUUUACAAAAGCACAUUUGUGCCAGUCUAAUAGAGCCGAGUCAUGUUUCUAUAGUACAGCAUAUAAACGAGUUGAGAGAAGUGGAUUCUCCAGCUAGGAAGCCAGUGUAACAGCAAAUUAAGGACAGCAAGAAGUUUCACAAAAUUUUGACUAGUAAAGGCAAAAUUACUGAAUGAAAUUAUAUUAAUAUAGAAUCAGUGCCAAAUCUAUUUCACACAGUAUGCAAAAUAAAUGGACCAGAGACUUAAAAACUUAUGACGAAUUCUACUGUGGAAAGAUUGGAUGAAGCUUACAUUUGUAAAGCUGAUGACUUGUAAUAAAUGUUGAAUGUUGAGCCAUGAGUGGCUUUUGUCAUUACAAGCAAUUCUGUAAAUCUAAUGCCUGUGUUAAUGUUCAUAUCUUUAGAAAUAAACUUUUCAAAGUGUAA